GAUUUCAACCAACAAAAAAAAAUGUGGGGCCCACCUCCUGCAAAAAUACUAUCUUCCCUCCUUCUUCCCAUUCACAUCCCCUCGAACCCGCGCCUGGGUUCCUUCAAGAACCCAGCUAUUGGGUUCUUCAAGGAACCCAAGCGUGGGUACCCAGCGCCUGGGGUUCGAAGAACCCAGCUACUGGGUUCUCGAAGGAACCCAGGCACGGGUUCGAGGGAACCCAGGCACGGGUUCGAGGGAACCCAGGCGCCUGGGUUCCUUCGAAGAACCCAAGCGUGGGUUCUUCAAGGAACCCAGGCGCGGGAACCCAGGCGCGGGUACCCAGCGCCUGGGUUUGAAGAACCCACGCUUGGGUUCUUCGAAGGAACCUGGGUUCUUCAAGGAACCCAGGCGGGGGUACCCAACGCCUGGGGUUCGAAGAACCCACGCUUGGGUUCUUCGAAGGAACCUAGGCGCGGGUUCGAGGGAACCCAGCACCUGGGUUCUUCGAACCCAAGCGUGGGUUUGAAGAAUCCAGCAGGCUUGGGUUCUUCGAACCUGCGCCUGGGUUCGAAUCCAAGCUUGGGUUUGAAGAACCCAGCAGGCUUGGGUUCUUCGAACCCGCGCCUGGGUUUGAAGAAUCCAGCAGGCUUGGGUUCUUCGAACCUGCGCCUGGGUUCGAAUCCAAGUCUGGGUUUGAAGAACCCAGCAGGCUUGGGUUCUUCGAACCCGCGCCUGGGUUCUUUAAAGGAACCCAGGCUCUGGUUUCUUCAACAAAAAAAUAAAUAAAUAAUUUCUUUAUUUUUAUGGGUGUUGUUUGAUGAUGAUGAUGAAUUGAUUGAUGAAGAAGGAAAGGAAGAGGAAGGAGAAAGGGAACGAGGAACU